AUGCGAUUGUUGAUAAAAUCAAUAAAUUCACAAUUAUUACCGGUAUUUCGUCAGCGUAUGACAGUAAAUAGAUAUUCAAAUUUAUCAAUUAUAAGAAGACCUAUCUCUACUGUUAAAAAAAUAAAUUGGCUGGAAGUUAGCAAUAGAACAGAUGGGAAUGUCAUCAGUAGUUACAAGAGAAUUGCAUGUUCGACGACUUUACGUCAAUUUUCAACUAAACAACCAGAUAAUGAGGAUCCACCACUGGAAGUCGAAGCUGAGCCAGCUCCAGAAGGGUAUCCAGCAACGUUACCAGCGACAGUUGUCGUUCCAGAAGUGUGGCCUCAUGUACCAGUAAUAGCGAUAAGUCGUCACCCAGUGUUUCCUCGUUUUAUCAAGCUUAUAGAGCUGACUAACCCGAUUUUAAUCGACUUGAUACGCCGGAAAGUUAAACUGAACCAACCUUACGUUGGAAUAUUUUUAAAAAAGAACGAAGAAAACGAAGCAGAGAUUGUAAAAAGCGUUGACGAUGUCUAUCCCAUUGGAACAUUCGCUCAGAUCCACGAAAUCCAAGACCUGGGAGACAAGUUACGUCUGGUCAUCAUGUCUCACCGCAGGAUAAAAAUAGUAAGCCAGAUGAUCGAAGACAUUAGUGAAAAACCACCCCAAGAGAUGAAAUUGACGUUUCCACUAUUUAAUACUUCAAUUAACGUCUCCGUAGACGAGCCGGUAGCUGAACCUAAAAAAUCGCGUCGUUAUGUGAGGAGCAAGAGAAACGAACUCAAAGUUGAUCCCGAGGAAAAGUCAACUCUUGAAGAAGUUAAGCCUGAAACUGUAGAUGUAGCCGAUGAAGCUGAUACCAAAGCUCCAGUUACUCCUGCCGCUGCUCCAACUGACGCUCAAACGCCUCCAGUUCAAGCGAUUCCGAUGGACGGAUCUCCGCAACCACUUCUCAUGGCUGAAGUUGUCAAUGUUACUCACGAGAAGUUCCGACAGACUGAAGAAAUUAAAGCUCUGACGCAAGAAAUAAUAAAAACUAUUCGUGAUAUAAUCAGCAUGAAUCCAAUUUAUCGGGAGUCAUUGAAUCAAAUGCUGCAUCAAGGAACACGAGUUGUUGAUAAUCCUGUAUAUUUAAGUGAUUUAGGAGCGGCGUUAACUGGCGCUGACGCUAAAGAACUUCAGGAAGUUCUCGAGGAAUUAGAUAUUUGCAAGCGACUGCGUCUCUCUUUGGCUUUAUUGAAAAAAGAGUACGAACUGAGCAAGCUCCAGCAGAAAAUCGGCCGUGAAGUUGAAGAAAAAGUUAAACAGCAGCAUCGCAAAUACAUCCUGCACGAGCAAUUGAAGGUAAUAAAAAAAGAGCUGGGUCUUGAGAAAGAAGACAAAGACGCCAUUGAAGAAAAGUACAGAGAGAGAAUCCGUGAAAAAGUCGUUGCUAAACCGGUGAUGGACGUAAUCGAAGAAGAAUUGACCAAGCUAAGUUUCCUCGAGAAUCACAGUAGUGAGUUCAAUGUCACGCGUAAUUAUUUAGACUGGCUGACCUCUUUGCCCUGGGGAGUUACCAGUCCGGAGAAUUUGAAAAUUCAGGAGGCUUCAGAUAUCCUCGAGCAAGAUCAUUACGGAAUGGAAGACAUUAAAAAACGUAUUCUGGAGUUUAUAGCCGUCAGUCAGCUCAAGGGGACUACCCAGGGUAAAAUUCUGUGCUUCCAUGGUCCUCCGGGUGUCGGAAAGACCUCGAUUGCGCGAUCGAUAGCUCGCGCGUUGAACCGCGAGUACUUCAGAUUCAGCGUCGGGGGAAUGACUGACGUGGCUGAGAUCAAAGGACACAGGCGUACUUAUGUCGGCGCAAUGCCUGGUAAAAUAAUCCAGUGUCUAAAAAAAACCAAAACUGAAAAUCCUUUGGUGCUGAUCGAUGAGGUUGAUAAAAUCGGCAAAGGCUACCAAGGAGAUCCCGCUUCAGCUUUACUGGAGAUGUUGGAUCCAGAACAGAACGCGAAUUUCCUCGACCACUAUCUAGACGUACCAGUUGAUCUCUCAAAGGUUUUGUUUAUCUGCACCGCGAAUGUCGUAGACACUAUUCCUGAGCCGCUGAGAGACCGUAUGGAGAUGAUUGACAUGUCUGGUUAUGUCGCGGAGGAAAAAUUAGCAAUCGCCAAACAAUACUUGAUUCCUCAGGCUAUGAAAGACUCGGGACUAACUGCUGAGCAAAUAACCUUUGAUGAAUCAGCUCUUUCUAAGCUCAUAAGAGCCUACUGCCGUGAAUCAGGUGUUAGAAAUCUUCAGAAGCAUAUCGAAAAAGUGUCGAGAAAGGCCGCGUUUAAAUUCGUCAAACAGGAAGUUGAGAAAAUAGAAGUUACUAAGGACAAUUUGACUGAUUUCGUUGGCAAACCCAUCUUUACACACGACAGAAUGUAUGACAUAACGCCUCCAGGUGUGGUGAUGGGUCUAGCUUGGACCGCGAUGGGUGGCUCAUCUCUGUUCAUUGAAACCUCUAUCAGCAAACCCUUCACCACUAAAAAAUACGAGGGUACUUUGGAACUCACGGGGCAUCUUGGUGACGUUAUGAAGGAAUCCAUGAAGAUUGCGAUGACAGUAGCUCGGAAUUUUUUGAAGAAAAUAGACCCUGACAAUACGAUUUUGUACGAUGCUCAUCUGCAUCUUCACGUACCUGAGGGAGCGACUCCCAAGGAUGGACCCAGCGCUGGAGUAACCAUCGCCUCGGCUUUGAUUUCUCUUGCCAGAGGACAACCUAUCAGACAAGACGUCGCGAUGACUGGAGAGCUCAGCUUGAUGGGCAAGGUUCUGCCUGUUGGUGGAAUUAAGGAGAAGACUAUCGCGGCGAAGAGAGCCGGAGUUAAGUGUAUAAUUCUACCGGAAGAAAAUAGAAAAGAUUUUGAUGAUCUUGCUAAGUACAUCACUGAUGGUCUGGAGGUACAUUUUGCCAGCACUUAUCAAGACGUAUACAAAGUUUGCUUUGAUGAUAGUCAGCAGUCCAGCCCAGUUAAAGACUCAACAGGGUUUGACUUUCAUACCAAGCCCCAAGCUGUCUCUAUUCAUGCGACAAACGCGUAA